AUGGUGCUCACGUUUGCUGCCUUCCGGCACGCGAAUGGCUCCUUCGCCCUUGACCGGAACGCGCAGCUCAUCGACGGCUACAUGGCACAGCUGCAAGAAAUGGAGGCGGUGCUGGUUCAAAGGCGGAAGGAGGAGAAUCAAGAAAAGAACCACGAACAAUCUACAGGGGGUGAAGAAGAGGCGGUGUGGGAGCUCCUGGCGGAGUUCUGGUCAGAGAUGAUACUCUACCUCGCGCCGUCGGACAACGUCAAGGGCCACGUUGAGGCACUGCAGCGUGGCGGCGAGCUCAUUACGCUGCUGUGGGCACUGCUCCUGCACGCCGGCAUCACCACCAGGCCUGCUCCCACCGUCCCCGAGCCUUGA